AUGGUCCUCGGUAGACUCGUACAUUACGCUGUAGACGCUUUGGCUAUAUCGACUAUCCUGGCGGGAGUCAAGAAGACUACAGGUUUCGCCCCUGCAACUGAUCAAAUACCCGAUUCAUCAAUCAAAUCAGUCACCGACACAUACCUUUCUGCAGGAGAGACUGUAUUUAGUAUUAUAGCUGGACAAACUGUGACCAGUCAAUAUUUCAAGAAGACUUAG